AUGAGCACUACACGUGAUCAAGCUACUAUGGAGCAUCCAUCGCUGUUGGAUGAUAUUGUUCUACAUGAAAAUGAUCUGACCGAAAAAGCCAAGAGCUGUUUCGGCUAUCAUAGUAAGAUUUUGCACGCGUUUGAAUUAUAUCGUCGAAGCAUACUUUCUAAUGAACAUAUGACAAGUACGGGUAAACAUGGAGCUUUAGCUGGUGUUGGCAAAAUGCAUACAAAUUGCAAACGAGUUCUCAAUUAUAUGGCAGAGCACAAUGAACUUCUUAAUGGUACUUUACCACCGCUUGGCCCAUUGAUUAUCUGUGGCCUUCCACGCACAGGGUCGACAUUGCUCCAGAAUCUGCUAGCCUGUGAUCCUGAUUGCCGCUCUCCACUAUUCACGGAUAUGUGUGUCGAGAUUGUUCCACCUAUCUCACGAUCAAAUGCGGUUGAACAGAAGAGAAGAAUGGCCGCAUUGCAAUCGUCGAUGCAGCAGGAUACAUCAUUUGUAACUCAAAGAAACCAAAUUAUUGCUUCUCAUCCAGUUUUUCCAAUUGAAGAAGAUUACCAUAUUCUGCGGCAAGCAAGUUUUCUUCCCUUCUUCACGAUGAUAACAUCUGAUCCAGUAUCUGAUGAUGAUACUUGGCUUCUUGAAGAACUGAACAAAGAUUUUGCAUAUGACUAUCAUGAGGUGUUCUUGCGCAUGUUGAAUUCUGUUGAUGCGCCACGUUCUCAUUGGGUAUUGAAGGCACCCGUGCAUUGUUUCAAACAAGACACAAUCCUUCAACAUUACCCGAACGCGGCAAUAAUCGUGACUCAUCGGUGUCUCGAUGAAGUUUUGCCUUCGUUAUGUAGUACAGCAUGGUCUCUUGGAUCAAUUUAUCUCGACAAAAGAGACGCCGCCAGUCGAAAUACAAUAAAGAAACAAACUCUACAAUUUAUUGAUAAAGCGGUUGAAUGCAUGGUAGAGUUUCGCACUCGUCUAGACCGUAUGCAUGAUCAAAAGCGCAAAAACCUUUUUGACGUUGCCUACAAUGAUUUGAUGGAGCAACCAAUCGCCACUGUGCGUCGCAUCUAUGAUUAUUUUGGUCUUCGCUGGUCGGAUGAAUUCGAAGGAGCCAUGCAGGCUUGGCUUAGCAACAACCCUCAAGGCAAGCAAGGCCGUCACAGUUAUAGUCUGGUGGACUGCGAGCUCACACACGAAGACAUUGAGACACGGUACGCUGAUUAUAUCAAUUUGUUUCAGUGCUCAUCAGCUACCGAUAUUGCUAGUACUAACAGCAACCAGCUUUCUUCAAACAACGAAUCAUUUCAACAAGUCUAA